AUGAAUUUCGAUGCUGUUGUUUCUCAAAAUGAAUUAGUCAUCGUUGACUUUUUCGCCGAGUGGUGUGGACCUUGCAAGAGAAUUGCCCCUUUUUAUGAAGAGUGCUCAAAGAAAUAUACCAAAAUGGUUUUUAUAAAAGUCGAUGUAGAUGAGGUUUCUGAAGUUACUGAAAAAGAAAACAUUACAUCAAUGCCAACUUUUAAAAUUUAUAAGAAUGGAGUUGUUGUGGAAACUCUAUUGGGAGCUAAUGAUACGGCCUUAAAACAGCUUAUUGAGAAACAUGCAGCUUAA